UUGCAGUCACCUCUCUCUCUCUCUCCUCUGUCUGCAGUGGUCCAUGGGACUGUUUGAUUGGGUGAAGAGAGAAUCUGUUUCACCUGGGGGUUGAAAGUUUUGACCACAUUAAGAGUUAAAUCAGGUACUGCUCCUAACAGGAUAGCAAAGCUGUCUGGAGGUCCAGGGCGGGCCAGCCAUGUGAUAUCCCAGCAGGAGGAAGGGCAGACACAGACAGAGAGAUAAACACAGGGGUCAAGGCAAUGAACAGUUUGGGGGUGAGUGGUGGGAGCCCCAGCUCUGGCGUCCCCACAGAGACCCCCGGUGACCUCUUCAAAGAACUCUGGGUGCGACUGAAGGAGUGCCACGACUCUGAGGUGCAAGGACUGCAAGUGAAAAUUAACAAGUUGAAGAAGGAGCGCUGUUUGGAUGCCCAGAGGUUGGAGGAGUUCUACAGCAAGAACCAGCAGCUACGGGAGCACCAAAAAGCCCUGCAGGACAAUGUAAAAGUGCUGGAGGACAGGCUGCGGGCAGGGCUGUGUGACCGGUGCGCUGUGACCGAGGAGCACAUGAGAAAGAAGCAGGUGGAGUUUGAGAAUGUGCGGCAGCAGAACCUGCGCCUCAUAACUGAGCUCAUGAAUGAGAGGAACAAUCUCCAGGAUGAGAAUAAGAAACUGAUCCAGGAGGUGGAGCAGCUGCGUACUUCCGGGUCCAGGACCCCACAGGCCCAGUCCCCCGGUCCCGAAGAGGGCGUGAUCCCUGACUCCCCAGUCCAGCAGCCUCUCCUGCCUACGGUCAACAAGAUGAGGCGGAGGAAAGACAACAAGCUUGUGCGCUACGCUGAGAAGCCUGCGCCCCUGUCUCAGAGAUCCCCACCCACGGAGGACUGCAGGAAGGGUAUUUCCUUGUUGAAUGCAUGCAGUCAUGGCAAUGGCGUGUUGGUGGCAGAAACAUGUGAGAUGGAUGUCUCCCAGAACACAAAAGGCUGUACAGAGAGACAUGGGGGAACGGGUAUCACUGUGGUGUCAGAGACUUGCCAAAUGGAGGAGGUGGUAGGUCACCUUAUGUACAUAUCAGGUGUUCAUUCUGUUAAUAUUCUUAAUAACGUUGCAAAGUAUGUACUUUCAUCAAAUACUUUUACUUAUAUACAGUGGGAUUCGAAGAUAACAGAUGGACUGUCAAGUAUAGAGGGGGCUGAGUCCCAAACCGUGUUAGACUCCAUCACCAUAGAGGCCUCUCAGUCCAACACUGUCACCCAAGACAGGGACUCUCCAACAGGAAAUGAAGUCAGUUCCAGGAAAUGGUUGCAGCAUCGAGAAACCUCCCCAGUGUUUGGAAGAUCUGGGACGCCAUUCAAACACACAGAGACCACAGAGAAUGGGCCACCCCCCAUCUUCCGAGGCAUUAAACUUGGCCCCUUGGAGCGACUCCGCCCCCCCACAGAGGGUAUCCCCCGCAUUGCGCCUAUGAAAACGUGCGCCUCCAAUGGACACCCCUUUCUGAACGGGGAGAAGCUGGGAGCAGCCGGAGUCCAGGAGCAGUCCACUGCAAGGCGGCAGGGGUUGGAGAGUGGGAAGAGGAAGAAAUCGGACAACGGUAUAGACGACAAUACUGCGGAUAAGCCGCUGGACUUGUCAGACCGAGUGUUGGGCGGGCGCCAACCCCAUGGGGAGAGCAGUGCCCCGCUUAAAGACGGGCUGAGGCAGACCGUGCUGCCAGAGUUUCAAAAAGACACCCACAGGUCCCCCCUGACCCUGCAGAAGGCCUACAAUGGCAGCUGCUUCCCAGGCACAGAUUGCCAGGAUGACCCCUACCUGAAGGAUGCCAUCUGUAGGUCCCUGAGUGGCCAGGACCAGCCGCAGCACCCUACUGUCUUCAAACUGCCAUCUACACCCCCCCAUGGCAAGACCCUGUUCGACAUGACAGCAGAUGCUCAGGAGCCAAUCAGAAAGAGGACCCGGGUCACGGGUAAAGAAUUGGAGCAGACCUCUGUACUGCAGCUCAACCCCUGUGCUCGGGUGAAGAGGAGCCCCCCACAGGAUCAGGAUGGCAAGCCUCCUGUCAUAGACAACCAGACCUGGAACUUGGACCAAGGGGUUCCUCUCUCCAAGUAUGUGACAGACAGCCCCACUUACUCUGAGGUGGAUGCUGCCAGGCCAGAGGGUGAGACCGUGGAUAUGGACUGCACCUUUGUCAGCCGCAGCAUGCUCCUCAAGGGCAUUGGUCAGGGAGCCAAUGACAGCUUGGCGGAGAUCUUUGAUAGAAGUGCCUAUGGGGAGUAUGAGUCCUGCCUGCAGGAAGAAGAGUCAGACCUUGAGCAGGAGGAAGAGCCUCAUGAAGCAGUGGAGGAGGAAGAGGAACCUGUCAACAUGGCUGAUGACAAAAGCCAGACUCCUCCAAAUCAGGCCUUUGUGAAAUCCCAAGUGGAUCACACUGAAAGAAAAAACGCGUCCUUUGCUCACGUGGAGGUUGUACGCAAGAAAGAUGAAAGGAGGAAACUGAAGGGCCACACAUGCAAGGAGUGUGAAAUUUACUAUGCGGAUCUCCCGGACGCGGAGCGGCAAAAGAAGCUGUCGGCCUGCUCACGGCACCGCUUCAGAUACAUCCCACCCUCCACCCCGGAGAACUUCUGGGAGGUGGGCUUCCCCUCCACACAGACCUGCGUGGAGAGAGGUUACAUUAAAGAGGAUCACAAACCAGACCAGCGUAUGAGGAGACGGAGACCAUACCAUGCCAUGUUCUCUCCCAAGGCAAAGGAGCAGAAGACAUAAUCACUUGCUCUUUCAUACACAUGAACAAAGAACAACAGAAAAAACAGCAACAGACCUUGCUCCUGCAUGUUGUAUUCAUCAC